AUGGCUGCCUCCAGAGAUCAGGAUGAUACACGAAGUCCCCGUCUUAGCAGGGUCCAUCGAAUCCCUGGACAUCUGGACAACUAUGAGUUGUCCUACCAUACCCGUGGGCCAAAGCUGUCACCCAAUCUAACAGAGGAGGUUAUGAUGGCACCGUCAGACUCCCACUACAAAAGGAGGUCGGAUGUGGAGGAGAUAAGAUGGCGAAGAAUGGCGGAUUAUUGCACUUUAUCUCUGAACUUUUUUACAACGCCUGCUUUCUACCCGAUCAUUGAGGGUGCACCAUCUCUGGCCAGGCUGACAGCGCAGGACCAGUCCACUCCGACCCUGUCCAGCGCGCUGACGAGUGCGGUGAAAAUAUCAGCUGCGGUCGUUGUAUCUGUCAUCGAGCCAAAGACCAGAGCUGAAUUCUUAAAAUAUUCACAUGAAAUCACACUGGAUCCAAACACAGCAAACACACAUCUGUUAUUAUCUGAGGGGAACAGAAAAGUAACAAGAAUGAAACAACAACAGUUUUAUUCUGAUCAUCCAGACAGAUUUGCUGAUUGGUGUUUUCAGGUCCUGAGUAGAGAGAGUCUGACUAAACGUUGUUAUUGGGAGGUGGAGUGGAGAGGGGGAGAGGUUUGUGUAGCAGUCACAUGCAAGAAUAUCAGCAGAGUUGGGAGCCUCAAUGAAUGUGUAUUUGGAUUCAAUGACAAAUCUUGGGCAUUAUAUUGUUACACUAACAGUUAUCAGUUCUUGUACAACAGUGCACAAACUGUCCUCUCAGGUCCUCGGUCCUCCAGAGUAGGAGUGUACCUGGAUCACAGAGCAGGUAUUCUGUCUUUCUACAGUGUCUCUGAAACCAUGACUCUCCUCCACAGAGUCCAGACCACAUUCACUCAGCCGCUCUAUGCGGGACUAUAUCUUUAUGGAGAUGGAUUCACUUCAGAAUUGAUUAAAGUGAAAUAGACAGAGAAGACAGGUUCAUGUUGAUCCCUGACCAUUAUAUGUACUUGUGUAGUUUCUAAAUGAGGCUUUACAUUUUAGACGGAGAAGUUCAGCUGUCCAUUUGUUCUGGAUUUUUUGAGGACAUAUAUAACAUAUAAUCAUGUAUGCUUGUACACAGUAGAUAUCCACACUGGAAUGUUUUUCAUAGAGGAUUUACCCUGCUAAGCAUUUAACUCUUAUAAUCAAACUCUAUAAGACUCAUAUACUUAAGUGAAAUAUUAUCCAUAUUCAUAUCAUAAGGCUGUGUCAUCUGUUGAAUGAUUACCUGUCCAUGCAUACAGUUUGCUCUGUAAUUUAUUAAGUACAACUUAUAUGUAACUUUUGACAGAUUUAUAGACCAUGGUGACAGGUUAUGACAUACAGAUAGUCGAACUUGGCCCAUUGGAAGAUGCACCUGGUAUGACAGUCCAAACUGGGCCAACAAUCAUUAAGUUCAAACGUUUGAGCUCACUUUGGCCCUAACCCUGUAAAAGGGAGUCAUAAAAGUGAUGGACAAUAAGGAGGGGAAAGAAAGGCAGGGCAAGUUAUGUAACACAAGUAUUGAAUAUCAGAAACACAACAACGUGGGUAAAAAUUGAUGCAUCGGAGUUAACCAGUGAUUUAAUCCAUAAUUGUUGUAAUAUCAACAUUUGCAAAGUUGGCAAAAUACUUGUACUAGUUUAAACUUAAAACUAAAUCAGUGAAAGGACAAGGAAUGGUAAAGUUACUCAGCAGCUGUUUGUUGUCUCCUAUUACAGGAAGGUCAGAUAUGACCCCACUAGCUUUUUCUUUUUGUUACUUUGUGUGUCUCUACUGAUUGUGCUUAAAGGCUCUACACCCUGGCCUUUGCUUUGUUUGUUUUGCCGUGUGUUGUCUUCUUGUUUUGUGUAUUGUGAUAUACUGUUUUGCUGUUCAUAUAACUCUGUUUAAAGAACCCUGUUUCAAGAAUUCUGCUCCUUUUCAGAGAGAAAAAAAAUUUGAGUGACUUGAUUUUAAUUCAAUCUAAAAAGCUGAAUCUCCACACCAUUGGCCGAAUAUCACGUUAUCACGUUGGCUUUAAAAUUGCA